UAACUUCAGCCCAACUUAAGCCAUCACUCAACUCUGACACGCGUCGAAGGAAUCAACAUUGAAUAUCAAGUCAAACCAAAUUUGUACUUCCGCCGUUCAAGAACCCGGGCUGCUGCGCUUCAGCCGUAGAUAUCGAUCGUUAAAACUACUUGCAAGCCCAACGAUAUUUGUCAUCCAACUCUUCAAGAACAGUUAACGAAGAUCAGUUUUUGUCUAUAAAGUGUUCUUGAAAUAUCUUCGAUCAUCAGGCAAUCACUCUAGUCGUUCUCCUUUUCAAACUUUGCGCCGCGGCCUGUGUCGUCAUCACUUUUAUCCUUUCACCUUCUUGAAUUUCAGCGAUGUCAAGUCGUAAGCGGCAGUCGAAUCAGUCACCCGAGCGAACGAAGACGCGUAUUCUCAGUGGCGUCAAUCUUCCACAGCUCAGAAUAUCACAAAAGGGAGAGUAUGUCAAGAAAGAUGCACUUUUACGUCGUCGGAAGCAGAGACAGGCAGUGGAGGAAAAGAAGAGGAAACUUCUUCAUCACAGGCUGAAUCCGAAACCCCCAUGGCCAAGCAACUUCCUUGGAAGUAUUUCAACAACACCGUUCAUGAAAAACUUUAAAGAAGACUUCGAUCAUUAUGAUUUGAAAGUUGGAGCUGAAUUUGGAUUAUACGAUCAGGAUCUUCGUAGUAGUAUUCUCAAAUACCCGCUUUUCGACGAUCUACUGCGAACAUCGAAAGCGUCUUGGGAAAGUCCUAGACCGCCAGAACCUCGCUUACCUACCUACCAACAAUUACGUGAUCGUGAGACACAAAUUGACCAAAAGUUCAAGUCUGUCAAGAAACGGAAAUGGAGACCUCGCUUGGAGAAAGAUAAGAUGGACCUAGUGAACGCAACCUUGAAGAAACCGGGUGACAUUUCUUCGCUUCCAGGGGCAUCUUGUCAUGCUCACGAUAUUCGAAAGUUAGAACCGGGAACCUGGAUGAAUGAUGAAAUUUGUACUUUCUAUGGUGUGAUGAUCAACAUCAGAAGUACAGAGCAUGAGAAAUUGAAAGCAGAUCCUACGUACGAUCCGAAAGAAAAAUUCCUGCGGGCCCACUGUUUUUCGAGUUUCUUCAUGCCCAAAUAUCAGAAGGAGGGUUUCACAGGAGUCAAGAGGUGGACUAAAAAAGUCGAUCUUUUCCAAAAAGACGUGGUGAUAUUCCCUAUCAACCUGAGGAAUGUCCAUUGGACUUGUGCUGCCAUCAAUCUCCGACAAAAACGCUUUGAGUUUUAUGACAGUAUGGGUCACAACAACGAACUCGUACUCGAGUGCCUGAAAGAGUACAUUCAAGCCGAGCAUUUGGCCAAGCGGAACGAGCCGAUGGACAUGUCAGAGUGGACAUUCGCUAAAACGGAUCCUCCUCGUCAAAACAACGCAUACGAUUGUGGGAUCUUUAUGUGUCAGAUUAUGGAUUGUUUGAGUCGAGAUUGGGGAGGAGGGGACACAGUUUUCGAUUUUUCUCAGGAAAACAUGCCUUAUAUGCGGACGAAGAUGAUCUAUGAAAUUGUCACGCGCAAGUUUCUAGAAGAGGAAUGGAAAUGAUGUGUGAUGUGAGUAGAGUUCAGGUCUUCUCAUCGAAACCGGUGGUUUACCAAAAAUCAUCAGGAUUGCCGGAUGCGGGCACGAUAACGAUCAAAACUUUAGAAUCUAGAGUGUAUAAAGAAUUACUUGCAUUAUAUUGUCCAGGAGUCAGUCAACACGGCUAUCUAUGAAGCUUGGUCAACGUGGUUGUUUUAAUAACUUUUCAUCGAUAUGAGGCGGCGAAACGAUACUUCUGAUGAAGGAGUCGAGCGAGAUGACCCGUUGGUUCAUCGGUGGGACCAUAAUUAUGAGAUGUAGGGUAGCGUUGGGUAAUAGUUGUACUAAGAAUUUGGGUUUGUCUUUCGAAAGUAGAUAUUUUAACAUUUAGUUGGGUAAACUUUGGCCCCACCGUGGUGUUCCACCCUAUCCAGUGAGAGCAGCGGGGUAACAUUUCGAAGACAUCAUCGUUGGACUCGGUCACGCCAAAAAUCAAUAAAAAUUUGCUUUCACUUU